CUAUCUUGUUUUGUGCCAUAGCAUUUCCAAUUUACAAGCAUUUCUCAUUUCCGAUCUACCAAAACAAAGAUGGCAGCGGAGAAGGCAGCUGACCUUCUGCUUGGUCCUGUUGUGAAUCUCACAAUAUCAAAGGUGAUUGAACAGCUCGACUUAGCUGUGGGAUUCAAGCAGGAGCUGAUGAGCUUUCAUGGCACGCUGGAGAUGGUCAGGGGUGUGUUGCGUGACGCAGAGCAGAAGUGUGUCGCGGGCAGCUCUGGUGUGAAGUUUUGGCUUGAAGGACUCCGAAGAAUAGCUGAAGAGGCUGACGAGGUGAUGGAUGAAAUUUCAUAUGAAAGUCUGCGACACAAGGUAGCAGCUAAGAAACAGAUGCUAAAACAGGUCAGCUAUUUCUUUACAGCCUCUAAUCCUCUAGCAUUUCGCCUCAAAAUGGCUAACAAGAUUAAGAGUUUGAAUGCUGCCUUAGAUGUCCUUAACACCAGGGCCACUGGGUUAGGACUUCAAGUUCAACACAGACUUGAAACAAGUCUUGAACCUAGAGGAAUCCAGCAGACGGACUCCUUACUAGGUGAACCAUCAGGAGUUAUAGGAAGAGAUGGUGAUGUUCAAAAAAUAGUUAAAUUAUUGAUUGACUCCAGUAAUCAGCAGCCUUUCUGUGUAGUUUCUAUAGUGGGUAUUGCAGGCCUUGGGAAAACUACUUUGGCAAAACUAGUGCGCAACAAUGACCAAAUACAGGGACAUUUUUCCAAUAUUAUGUGGAUAUGUGUUUCUGAUCAUUUUGAUGUGAUGAGGAUUUUAGUACAGAUGCUAGAGUCUCUUAGGAAAGGUCAUUGUGAGAAUAUUACAAGCCGGGAUGUUAUAGUUCAAAAAAUAAAAGAAAAGUUGGAGGAGAAAAACUAUCUCCUUAUUCUAGAUGAUGUGUGGAGUGAAGAGAGGCUGAAGUGGGAAGACUUAAGGCAAUGUUUGUCAGGGAUAAGUAAAAAGAAUGGGAGUAGGGUCCUUGUCACAACCCGAAUUCAAAAUGUAGCAUCAGUGAUGGGAGUACUUCCUGAGCAUGUGCAUCGCCUCAAGCAGCUAAAAGAUGAUGAUUGUUGGUCUGUAAUCAGGCAUAGAGUAUUUGGCAACUCUCCUAUUCCUUCAGAAUUGGAGGAAUUGGAGGGUAUUGGGAGGAAAAAUGCUAACAAAUGUAAAGGUGUACCUUUAGUUGCAAGUGUUAUAGGGGGGAUUCUGUGCAAUAAUCGCAACAAAGAUGUCUGGUGUGAAGUAUGGGGUUCAAUAGAAGAGGCUAAUGGAGUUUUGCCUAUCCUGCAAUUGAGUUUCAGUCGCCUGCCAAAUCCAGCUUUGAAACAAUGUUUUGCUUUCUGUUCAAUUUUCCCCAAAGAUUUUGUCAUGGAAAAGGAGAUGUUAAUUCAGCUCUGGAUGGCUCAUGGAUUUCUUCAACCGACUGGUGGCAAGGAGAUGGAGGCUACUGGUGACAAGUAUUUUAAUGACUUGUUAUCUUAUUCCCUUUUUCAAGAUGCAGAAAAAGAUUCUUGUGGGAGAGUUAUUACCUGUAAGAUGCAUGAUUUAAUACAUGAUCUUGCACAAUCUAUUUCAGAGCCUCAAACAUUGAUUUUGGGUAACGGUAGUGGAAGUAAUAUCACUGCAGACAUUCGUCAUUUGAAUCUUAUUUUUGAUGAAGGUAUGGCAGCAGUAGAAAUAGGGGAUGCUAUCCUAAAACUGCACACAUUGUUUUCCAUGACUGGUGUCUUUCACAACAUGCCUCCAAGCUUCAAAAGGAUGCGGGUCCUCAGCUUUUGUGGUGCCAAUAUUGACAAGUUGCCUGCUGUAUUGAGAAAGCUGAAGCAUUUGAGAUACUUAGAUGUUUCUGAAACCAAAAUCAAAGAACUUCCAGUAUUUAUCACCAAGCUAUAUCAAUUGCAGACUCUUAUAUUUAUGGGUUGUGAUCGCAUAGAGAGACCUCUGGAAAGAAUAGGGAAUUUAAUCAAUUUGAGGCAUAUUUAUUUCAGUUCUGAGAAGCUGAUGCCAGCGGGGGUUGGUACUCUAACCUGUUUACAAACAUUAAAAUUAUUUAUUGUGGGUCAGCAGAAGGGACGUCAUAUUGAAGAAUUGAGAGGCUUAAGUCAACUCAAGGGAAAAUUAGAAAUAACUAAAUUGAAAAUGGUUAGAAACAGAGAGGAAGCUAUUAUCGCAGAACUUUCUGAAAAGACUACAAUUCAGGAGUUGGCAUUGGAUUUUGACAGAAAAAUAGAUGAAUUCUAUCUACGGGCAUGGUCACCCCCGAAAGACUCAGACUCAAACCCAUACUCAGACUCAGAAGAAUGCAGAUCAGAAGAAAGAAGGAAACAUGAUGAAGAUGUCUUGGAAGGCCUCCAACCUCACUCAAACCUGAAAAGCCUAAGAAUUAGUAAUUAUUGUGGUGAAAAGUGUCCUUCAUGGAUGUUGGACGAUCUUGGUAAUUUGGGUGAAUCAACUCAUCUCAGAAAUCUGGUGUCAUUGAGACUUUGUUUCUUUCCCCAAUUGAAAAUUAUUCCAUCACUUUCACUAAGCAACUUGGUGGAGCUGAUCAUUUUCGGCUUAGAUGAAUUGGAAAGCAUGCCACCACUUUCACUCAACAGUGGCGCAAAGGUGCAAAUCAAACGAUGCAAGAAUCUGAAAAGUAUUGCAGAUUCAUGUCUUCAGGAACUCAUUAUUGAUGAAUGUAAUGAACUGAUUAGUAUGGGGUUUGGAACACUUGCCACAAUGUCUCUCAAAGAAAUAUGCAUAAGCUGGUGUUCGAAGUUAGAAAGUCUUCCCGUGUUGACAAAAUUACCAUACCUUCGUAAACUUUGGCUUCGGGAAUGUGAGAAAUUGAGGGAUAUUGCUGAUGGUUUAUUUGCCUCCACGUGUCCUAAUCUGGAAGCGUUAACCAUUAGUGGUUGUAGAAAUCUGAUGUCCAUGCCUAGUCUAGAUGGGCUUUCAUCUCUUCAAAGUAUUAGUAUUGCUGGCCAUGGGUUGAAAAGCAUAGGGGGGAGUUUAUCUACCUGCACGAGUCUCAAGAGCUUGUCUAUAGGGCGUUGUGAUAGUCUGGAGUCGGUUCCAAGUCUAGAUGGGCUUUCAUCUCUUCAAAGUAUUAGCAUUGCUGGCCAUGGGUUGAAAAGCAUAGGGGGGAGUUUAUCUACCUGCACGAGUCUCAAGAGAUUGUUUAUAAAUUCUUGCAAUAGUCUAGAGUCGAUUCCAAGUCUAGAUGGGCUUUCAUCUCUUCAAAGAAUUUGUAUUAGUUGGUGUGGAUUAAAAAGCAUAGGGGGGAGUUUAUCUACCUGCACGAGUCUCGAGAGCUUGUCUAUAGAGUAUUGUCAUAGUCUGGAGUCGGUUCCAAGUCUAGAUGGGCUUUCAUCUCUUCAAAGUAUUUGUAUUAGGCACUGUGGUUUAUCUACCUGCACGAGUCUCAAGAGCUUGUCUAUAGAGUCUUGUGAUAGUCUGGAGUCGAUUCCAAGUCUAGAUGGGCUUUCAUCGCUUAACAUUGUUCAAAUUAGUCACUGUGGGUUGAAAAGCAUAGAGGGGAGUUUAUCUACCUGCACGAGUCUUAACGGCUUGUUUAUAAAGUCUUGCGAUAGUCUGGAGUCGAUUCCAAGUCUAGAUGGGCUUUCAUCUCUUCACAUUGUUCAAAUUAGUCACUGUGGGUUGAAAAGCAUAGGGGGGAGUUUAUCUACCUGCAUGAGUCUCCGGAUCUUGUCUAUAGCGUAUUGUGGUAGUUUGGAGUCAGUUCCAAGUCUAGAUGGGCUUUCCUCUCUUGAGGAGUUGACCAUAAAUGGCUCUGAUUAUGCAGUAGUUUUCAAGAAUAGCGUGAAAUCUCGUACAAUUCAAAUUCGACAUUGUGGCCAAUUGAAAAGCAUUGGGGAGAGUUUAUCUAACUCCGUGUGUCUGAAGAACUUGUCUAUAUAUUACUGUGAUAGUUUGGAGUCGAUUCCAAGUCUAGAUGGGCUUUCCUCUCUUGAGACUCUAAGUAUAGAGAGUUGUGGUGAAUUAACAAGUUUGCCGAAUGGUCUGUCAUCUUGCACUGCUCUUGAGACCUUGAAAAUAAGGAACUGCAAUAAUCUGAUCUCUAUAUCGGAGGAUUUGAGGGACUUGCCUUCUCUUGUUAAAUUAGAAAUUACAUACUGUGGAAAACUGAGGAACAUCCAAGGCCUAGGGGAGAUUCUUGGCUGCCUUACUCGAUUGAGGAAGCUGCAUUUUGGUGGUUUCUCAGCACAACAAGAGGAGCUAAAGGAAUACCCCAACCAACUUGAAGAAUUAAGUUUAUUUGGAGGGGAAAAACUAGAGAAUCUGCCAUGUCAAAUUCAACACCUAACUGCCCUUAGGGAACUCAGUUUAGAGGAUUUCCGUGGAAUCGAAGCUUUGCCAGAUUGGUUGGAAAACUUAUCCUCUCUUCAAUCUCUGUAUAUUAUCAACUGCCAGUCUCUAACAUAUAUGAAAGCCAUCAGACGCCUCUCCAAUUUAAAAACACUUGCUAUUCAGAAAUGCCCUGAGUUGAGAGGAAGAUGUGCCAAAAAAAGUGGUUCAGAGUGGAACAACAUUUCUCACAUUCCACGUAUCUCAAUAGAUUGGAGCAUAAUUUCUCACAGAUAGAUGAUGAUGAUGCGUGAAUUGAAUUUGAAGAAAGACGACAGAGGGAGGAUGAUGAUGAGUGAGAAAGACAAUUAACCGCAAGGAAGAGACCCUUGUUUUGUUGCAAAACCUAAUACGCUUUACAGAAAUUCUUGUUGUUUGGUGUUGUUAUUGUAAGAACCUUGUAAAACUCUCUUUGAUACAGUGGAGCUAUUUCUAAUGGACCAGAGGUCCUGUGGUUUUUACUCUUCUAUUUGAAGAGGUUUUCCACGUAAAAAUUAAUUGUCUCAUAUGUGUAUCUGAUUUCCUUGUCUUUAUUGCUCGUCUGAAUGCUUACCGUCUCAUCUACAUUUCUGGCUAAGAAAGUGUUAAUUUUGCUUCUGCUUUGAUUUUGUGCCACUGUUUCUUCUCAAAAGAAGUUCAUAUAAACCAGCAACUUAAAU